AGCUAGGUCGCUGUCUUUUCAGCACCAUGGACUGUGCGGAGAGAAACCUUUCCGAGCAGCAACAACCUGCAACAACUUCGUGACUAGAAUCAAUUCUACACCUUUUACCGGGAUAGUAACUUUCUUUCGGUAAAAUUAAAAUUGCCUUACUAUUAAAUUAUUUAGGAUUGGAGAGGGAACACGGAUUGCUCUAUGCCAUUUGCGACUAGGGCAUUUAUCAUUAUGUUGUUGGAUGGCUUAUGACAGUAUUUGAUUGCAGCUCUCAGACUUUAGUUCUGUUGACUUUAGUAAGUGAUCUCGUGUCAGUUCCGAAGUCCAGAACUAUGUCUACCAUCUGAUUUAUGUUAUUGUGCGUUUUGGUGUUGAAUACAAGAGUUUAGACUAGGCUAUUUAACCUAUCGAUGUGAUUCAACGAAGAACAUUAAUUUCGUGAGGAGGAGUUUUCCAAACAUACAAGGAAUCUGUGCUCGUAUCCGGCAUGCUGGCUUUCUUAGUUGGACUUUUAUACCUAGUGAGUGGACGCACGGUGCGCGCUCAGGAUGCGACAGGUAGCCGCUUCUUCUGCUCCGCCAUCCCGGCGGGCGCCGACCCUAGCUGCUCGUUCGAGCCCAACGGUAACCGCGUGCAGAGCACCAGCCCCGUGGAGGACGAGCUACGGAACACCAUCCUCCAACUCCGAGAGACCAUCCUCCAGCAGAAGGAGACUAUCGUGAGUCAGCAGGGCACAAUAAAGGAGCUGAACUCCAAACUGGCCCGCUGCGAGGCGGCCGCGGAGGACUCUGCGGGCAGGUCCAGGGGCCAGAGCUCCAGGCGGAAGGACUACAGUAAGAACACAAUGGGAGACCUUCCCAGGGACCCCACGGAAACUAUAGACCAGCUGGGAAAGACCAUGCAGGGGCUCAAGGGUCGGUUGGAAAAUCUGGAGCAGCAGCAGUUGCGUGCCAACACGUCAGCAGCAGCAGCAGGUGCGGGUGGGAAUGCAGUGGGGCCCCUACCGGCGGAGCUGCGGGAGCUGCUGAAGCACCGUUUGGGGGCCCUAGAGGGCCAGCUUCUGAGGAAGGUGGCCGAGCUGGAGGAAGAGAAGAGCCAGCUGUACAACGAGACGGCUGCCCACCGUCAGCGUACCGAGAGCACCCUCACCUCACUGCUGGAGAGGAUCACAGAGCUGGAGAGAAGUAACAACGCAUUUAAGUCGCCCGAGGAUUUCAAGGUGUCUCUCCCCCUGCGCACCAACUACCUGUACGGACGCAUCAAGAAGAGUCUCCCUGAGAUGUAUGCCUUCACAGUGUGUAUGUGGCUGAAGUCCAGCGCCAGCCCUGGUAUAGGAACCCCCUUCUCCUACGGGGUGCCAGGACAGGCCAAUGAAAUAGUGCUCAUCGAGUGGGGCAACAACCCCAUAGAGCUGUUGGUCAACGACAAAGUGGCCCAGUUGCCCCUGUCGGUGAGCGACGGCCGCUGGCACCACAUUUGCAUCACCUGGACGACGCGGGACGGCUUCUGGGAGGCGUACCAGGACGGGGAGAGACUGGGCACCGGGGAGAACCUGGCCCCCUGGCACCCAAUUAAACCUGGAGGGGUGAUCAUCCUGGGACAGGAACAGGACAUGGUGGGGGGUCGUUUCGAUGCCACCCAGGCCUUCGUUGGCGAGCUGAGCCAGUUCAACAUGUGGGACCGGGUCCUCCGGCCUGUGGACAUCAUGGGAAUGGCCAACUGCUCCUCCUACAUGCCCGGGAACAUUGUUCCCUGGAUCGACACCAACGUAGAAGUCAUGGGAGGAGCAUCCAAGGCAGCAUUGGAGAUCUGCGAGGACCGUAUGUUCGAACCGUAAAGGAGUUGGAUGUGUAACGUUGUUAUGACACUGGGUUCCGAAGGUUCCGGAGGCUUGAGAGGUGGUUCUGGUUCCGCGCUCUCUGUGCUGCUUCAGAAACACCCCUCAAGGAGGAAAAAGGGCUCAACGGGUAUUGCCUUUGUUUACAGACCUAGAUCUAGUAAAUGGGUCAACUUCUUGUUUUCCCAAUGUGUUUUGGUGUGAUUUUCCAUGCUUAAGUACAUGGCUCACAAGUUCAUGCCCAUUCCAACGUGAUUCUAACUAGAGGAUUUUACAGAGAACCCACUUGAGACUGAGGACUCUAUACUCUGUAUUCUCUUUUACUCCUUUAGCUAAAUAUCCUUUUGACUGAGUCAUGUUUGAACACAGCUCCUCUCUAAGGCAUUUCAAACACUGAUAAUCGAGCACUGUACUGUAUUCAGUGAAUGUGAGCUAAUAUAUAACCCAUAGAA